UAUCGCUUUCAUUUGAGCUAGGGUUCUUGCCUUCAAUAAACCUCGACGCAGAGCGAGCGAGCGGGCGAGAGAGAGAGAGAGAGAGAGAGAGAGAGUCCGUCUGUCUCUCAAACUCGGCGAUGGCGAAGAACAGGAACAAGAACAAACGAAAAGCUGACUUUUCAAUGGAUAUAUCCGAAGAGACUGUUACAGAUCUACCUCAAGCAAUGGACACGUCAGAGUCUGGAGCUCAGAAUCCAGCUUCUGGUGCCCCAAUUAAAAAGGUGAAGAAGGGGAGACCAAUGAAGAGAUCGAAAAAUGUCCGAAAGACCAAAUCCAUAGAAAAAGCCAUAUCUAAAAAUGAGAUGUACAUUGAGAAAAACUUGAAGCAUGAAAACAAAAAGUCAAGAACGCAAUCUGCCAAAACUCUGUAUGACUGAAGAAUUGAGGAUCCCAAUCUACUGGGCUAUUCAUUAUAGAAGUGGCUUAGAAUCAUCAAAUCCUUCCUGUGAUCUUUUCAUCAGUUUUGGUUAUUUUCGUUUACAACAGUGUAGUUAAUAUUACAUUAUUGUCUUAGCUUUAGAGUGGUUUUUUUGGGAGUGGUUACUGGUAGUAUGUUUUAGCUAGUUCAGCUUAUGAGAAUUUCAUUUUCAUUAUAGUCAAUAUGUCAAUGGUACGUGGUAUUGAAGAUUACGGUCUGUAUAGCUUGUCAUAACUACACUGCUAGGUAUUUUGUGUUAUGGAAUAAUACAAAUUGUUCCCUUUUUUUCACCCGAAAAUCGUUUGCAAUCCU